GCAAAAGUUACCCACAUCCAUUUAACACUAACAAUGUCCUAUGUGUCCGUUGUACUAUUGGUCACAGUGAUGUGCAUGUAUGCCGUCAACGCCAUAGAUCCAAAUGACUGUAACUGUGGCAUAUGGUUGGGACUUCAUUGCGGUAGUCGUGCCAAUCAGGUAGCUAACAAUGAGUUUCUUACGGGAAAGGGAUGUCUGGCUAAAGGUUUCUACCAGUGCUCGGAGAUCAACCAUAAGGCCACGUUUAAGGGGAUGUGCCCUAACUGUCGGGAGGCCGCCGCAAACAACUUGGGUCGGGACGUAUGCCUGUCCCCAACCAGCAAUUGGGCGUUAAAACACUAA